CUCAUGGUAAAAUGGCACUUGCAAAAAAUGCAAAAAAGUAAUUUUAGGUUUCCCUCAACUUAAGCAACAUGGACUACGAAUAUAAACAGAAAACUGCACAAGAAAGGAAAAAAGUUGAAGAUUUAUUUGAUUAUGAAGGUUGCAAAGUUGGCAGAGGAACCUACGGAAGUGUUUACAAGGCUAAAAGCAAGGAUAGUUCUGAUGGGAAAGAAUAUGCAUUGAAGCAAAUUGAAGGGACGGGAAUCUCAAUGUCUGCAUGCAGAGAAAUAGCUUUGCUGAGGGAGUUAAAGCAUCCAAAUGUAAUAAGUUUACAGAAAGUAUUCCUAUCUCACACAGACAGAAAAGUAUGGCUGCUGUUUGACUAUGCAGAACAUGAUCUAUGGCAUAUCAUAAAAUUUCAUAGAUCAGCGAAGGCAACAAAGAAACCUAUCAGUGUGCCAAAGAACAUGGUGAAAUCCUUAUUAUAUCAAAUAUUGGACGGUAUACACUACCUCCAUGCUAACUGGGUGCUACACAGAGAUCUGAAGCCAGCUAACAUCCUGGUGAUGGGAGAGGGACAGGAGCGAGGCAGAGUUAAAAUUGCUGACAUGGGUUUUGCACGGUUAUUCAAUGCUCCAUUGAAGCCUCUUGCUGACCUUGAUCCUGUGGUUGUAACAUUCUGGUACAGAGCUCCAGAACUUUUACUUGGUGCUAGACAUUAUACUAAAGCUAUUGAUAUAUGGGCUAUAGGUUGUAUAUUUGCGGAGUUGUUAACAUCAGAACCUAUAUUUCACUGUCGACAAGAAGACAUUAAAACCAGCAAUCCCUACCAUCACGACCAGCUAGAUAGAAUAUUUAAUGUUAUGGGUUUUCCACAAGAAAAAGAUUGGGAAGAUAUACGUAAAAUGCCAGAACACGGGACGUUAAUGAAAGAUUUUAAAAGAUCUAAUUAUGGUAAUUGUAAUCUUACAAAAUAUAUGGAGAAGCAUAAGAUAAAGCCGGAUAGUAAAGCAUUCCAUUUGCUACAGAAGUUGCUAACAAUGGACCCGACCAAAAGAAUAACCUCAGAGCAAGCAAUGAUGGAUCCAUAUUUUCUUGAAGAACCAAAACCUGCUACAGAUGUAUUUGAAACCUACCAAAUUCCAUAUCCAAAACGAGAGUUUCUGGCCGAUGAUGAAGAAGAUAAAGGUGCAUCAGGAGCAGCUAGUAAGCAACAGACUGGCAAUGAUGCAUCUUCUACACAUGGACAGCAACCCCCGGCAAAGCGGGUGAGAACUCUACCCCCGACGUCAUCUACCUCAAGCUCUAUGGUAACUACUGAGUAUCAGCAUCUCCACAACGUUCAGCAAGGUCAAGGUCAGGGCAGUCAGCAGAUGUCUUUCAACAACAACAAUCUCACACAGACCUCGUCAUCAUCCUCAGCAUUUCAACCGAGAUUUUAAUAACUUGUGUACAGAAAAACGUUAAACAGAAAACAGUAUGGAGCAAGAUCAGAUGUCCAAUCGACUUUGUCAUUAUUUUUAUGUACUGUUGAGAAAGUUUUACCAUAGGACAUCAUGGCAAUUCUUAUGGAGGGUAUUACUGGGUCAGGAAUAAAACAAGUCUGUAGCUAAUCCCAAUAUUGUUGUCAUCUAAAUUGUGCAGAGACUGAAUGCAGCUACAAGUAGACAGAGUUAAAGUUUAUAAAAAAGAUUAAUGAAAAGUGUAAUGCAGAUAUGGAGUUUUAGCCAAGACAUACACAUUUUCAGGAUGAUGGAUACAUGCAGACACAAAGAGAAACAGACUUUUCUGUAGAAAUGAAAUACCUCAUUGGAUUAGAGUGAAGAAUAUGAUGAUUAGAAUUUUAAAGACAUUCUAAUUUCUUAGUUGCAGAUAUACAUACCCCUUACAUGUAUCACUACAUUCAGGUGCUGUAUGAAAUGUCUAUGAAAGAGGGAGAUAUUAAAUUUGGAAAACUUGUUAGAUUAUCAACGAGGUAGCAUAUAUUACAUGGUUGUGUUAAUACAUUGGGUAAUUCAGGGUGUAUAUUAGUUACCAGCAACGUCAGUAUGAUAAAGUCAGUAUAUUACUGAUCGGUUAACUGUUUGAAAUAUCCCAGCAUAAUGUCAGUACAUAUAUAUUACCAAUCAGUCAUAUGUUUGAAAUACUCUAGCAUAUGUAAAAAUUGCUUAAUUGACUGUUAAGCUUUUUGUUAUAUUCUGGUAUCAAAAUACAUGAUUUUAGCAUGACUAUUUGAAAUUUUUCAAGUAGUAGAGCUUUCUUUGUGACCCAUUUUUCAGCAUCUGUGUCACAAGUUAUACACUAAAGCAGUUUUCUCUAAAACUACAACUGGUCAAACUUCAUACAUGUCUUUGGCAUCAUGAGUUGACCUUACAGGGCAAGUAACAUAACUCUGGCUUUUUUUUUUUGGUCAAAAUGCCCCAUUUUAACAUUUUGUGAAAGUUUUUCAUGUUAGCAGGUUUCUUCUCUAUAUGAAUCACUAAAUGGAUCUUCAUCAAACUUAAUCAGUAUCUUCCUUGGAUGAAUCUUUCUCAUAAUUGUUCAUAGAGUUCAGACUGACUGCACUAAGGGUCUACUAUAGAGAUAAAAAAUAGAAAAAAUGCUGUGAAUGGAUUAUUCUGAUGAUCAGUUGAUGGAUGUUCACCAAAUUGAAGGUCAAGGCUUUCCAUUUUCCCCAUGUGAGUGAUUUUUGUGUUUUCUUUUGGGACCAUGUAGUAAUCAUUUUCAUCAUAAAAUUACAUGAUUGUGAAAAAUGAAAAAAAUUGUCUGUGUUAAUUGAUAUAUAAAAGAUUACCAUUUGUACUCAUUUUUUUUCAAAAAGAAGAGUGGGUUAAUUCAGAUAAAUUCUGAUAUUGUAUAGGCAAGUGCCUUGUUUGGUUUUAUAUAUAUAUGUAAAGGUGGGAGAUCAACAGUUCAUCCUUUGUAGGAACAUGUAAUUUUAUCAGUUAUAUAUUUUGUGUACACUUUUCUUUACAUAGUACACCAUUUUAGUAAUUGCAUUACCUCCAUUUUGAUGUGUUGAUGAGAUAAUGUUGUACAGGGUGUUCCAUAAUUUUGAUACCUUUGUACUUUCACUAAACAAUCAGUGCUUCAGUAAAUAUUUCUUGGAAUGCAGGAUACCAACCCUCACUCAUUACAUUUAUGGGGCAAACUUGAAAAAAAAAGAUUGGUUCAUUUGCUCUGAUGACUAACAGCUAAAUUUGUUUAUCAGUUAUUUAUGACAAAGUGGCUCAGAAAUUUUCUAAGAGACAAAAGUGGCUGGAAGCCAUGUUAUUUUGAUAUUUAUUUUUACCUUAGUGGUUCAUAUGAUAAAACGUUUGUAAAGUACUUUACAUUGUCUGUCUGUCUGUCUCUCUGUCUCUCUGUCUCUCAACAAUUGUUACUCAUUUUGUGUGCCAGUUUUGUUCAAACUUAGAAGUGUUUAUUCCUUGAUCAUCAGGUGAAGUUUCAGAGAAUCCCUCUUGUCUGUACCAAGCUACUAGUUUAUUUUAGAUAAAUUUGGUUCUGACAUUGUCACAUAUUUGUAUAACAUAUUUUAUAGCAUCACCUGAGAGCAAAAGUGGUUAAACGCUUGAUAUAAAGACGCUGUUAGCCACUGUUUGCACAGAGAUGAUGAUACAUUUAAAAGCUACAUUGUAAACUGAAAAGCAUUGAAUAUAUAUUAUAACAUAUCAAGUGCUCUUUCAGUCACAACACUUGAACUUUACUAAAGAAUUUUAGAAUGGUAUUGAAUGUUGUGUAAUACCUUGUAUCAACAGAUAAAAGUGUUCAUUUUUCAGUAGACAUGUCUUUCAGUUCUGUAUGAAUAUUGUGUGCCAAGAUAUUGACUGUAAGAUUGUGUAAAAGCAUGUGCUGUUUCAUAAUUGAUCAAUUGUUGCAUGAAAAAUUGUUGUAUGGGAAGAUGAAAGUAAAUAAUGAAAUAAGUAAUGGAAAAAUUGUUGUAUGGCAAGAAUGGAAGUUAUUUUUUUAUAUUAUUGUCUUUCCUUAAACAAAACAAUGCUUUUGCUCUCAAUUAAAAUAUGUGUGUAGUUGUAGUAAUGCAAAUGAUGGGAUCAUGUUGAAAAUCGUGGUCUUUCAUUGGUUACCAUAAAAUGUCUACCAUACAGAAUAUUUCUGUGUUUUUGCAAUUGUAGUUAUAUAUACAGCCUAUUUUAAAUAUACUGAUAAUAAUUCAGUUCCAGAUACUGUAUCCUACACACGUAAAAUGGCAGUGGUGUGCCUUACAUGGUAACCCUGUACAGCACACCAUUGCUAUGUGUUCAUAUAAAAAAAUAGUGCUGAUAAUUAUGUACAAGGCAGUUUCCUUCUGCAGCACUAGUGUUCAUGUAAAAAUUUAGUGCUGAUAUGCACAAGGCAGUUUCCUUCUCCAACACUAGUGUUCAUGUAAAAAUAUAGUGCCAAUAUGUACAAGGCAGUUUCCUUCUCCAACACUAGUGUUCAUGUAAAAAUUUAGUGCUGAUAUGUACAAGGCAGUUUCCUUCUCCAACACUAGUGUUCAUGUAAAAAUAUAGUGCCGAUAUGUACAAGGCAGUUUCCUUCUCCAACACUAGUGUUCAUGUAAAAAUAUAGUGCUGAUAAUUAUGUACAAGGCAGUUUCCUUCUCCAACACUAGUGUUCAUGUAAAAAUAUAGUGCUGA